UUAUUAGGUUAUAGUUAAAAUAUAUGCUAACAUUUACUUUGUCUCAAAAUGAUCGUAGAUGUUGCGCAAACAACUAUUUUACUGGUACAUGAUUCUACCGAAGACAUCCUCACAUUAUUAACUAAUCAUUAUCCUUAUACGAUGUAACUUUAUGGUAUGAGAAUAGAAGGGCGUUUUUCGCUACAUAACGUUAGCUACAAUUUCCAUUUAGUCUUUUAUUCUGGUUUGGGUUUAAUUUCCAGUUUUAAUGUUUACAGCGGAACAAAAGGUGACGGUGAAGGGGCUGGUCGAACGUAAUUUCGGUGCACAACCUGUAGCAAAGUAAAUAGCAAAGCUAACACUAGGCUAGCAAGUUAACAUAGCUUUAUCAAACACGACAGGCACGCCACCGAAGGCUAAAGUCUUUCACGGUAACGGCUCUAACCUCACCCAGUGAAACAACAGGCUGUUGUGAUGUCAGAACCUAAGCCUCCCAUUCCAAGCCCUGGAGAUACAUACAAUGGUUGGCUCUUCAAAUGGACUAACUACAUAAAAGGUUACCAGAGACGCUGGUUUGUUCUGAGCAAUGGACUGUUGUCUUAUUACAGGACCCAGGCAGAAAUGGGUCAUACUUGCCGAGGCACCAUCAACUUGGCCACAGCCAAUAUUGUAGUGGAGGACUCAUGCAAUUUUGUCAUUUCCAAUGGUGGGGCUCAGACCUACCACCUGAAGGCUAGCUCAGAGGUAGAGCGCCAGCGAUGGGUCACUGCACUGGAGCUCGCCAAGGCAAAGGCUGCCCACAUGCAGACUGAAUCUGAUGACUCGGGGGACGAUUGUUCUUCAGUGCCCCCUACCUCAAGAGCCAGAGGCUGCCGUAAUGCAGAAAUCCAGUCCACACUUCGUACAUUGAACAGCAAGGUGGAGGACCUCACCACCUGCAAUGAUCUCAUUGUGAAACAUGGGUCUGCCCUCCAAAGGUCUUUGUCAGAACUGGAGGGGAUUUGUGCCGGAUCAGACAUGGGGGAAAAGAUCAGACAAGUUACAGAGAGGGCCACAUUGUUCCGAAUUACCUCCAAUGCCAUGAUUAAUGCAUGCAGAGACUUCCUCUCACUGGCCCAGAGCCACAGUAAGCGCUGGCAGAAGGCCUUGCAGACUGAAAGAGACCAGAGGAUACGACUGGAAGAGACAAUAGAGCAGCUAGCCAAACAGCACAACCACCUGGAAAGAGCUUUUAGAGGAGCUACAGUUCUCCCCCCUUCAUUCAGCAAUCCCACUAUAGGCAACAAAGGUGGGGUUUCAGGAAAAGGUGAUGCCAGUGAUGAGGAUGAUGACAAUGAGUUCUUUGAUGCUAUGGAAGACCCAGCAGAGUUUAUUACUGUCCCAGCUGACCCAAAGUAUCACAGGAGAUCUGGCAGUAACAUUAGUGGCAUCAGCAGUGAGACUGGAAUGGACGAUCAGUCGUUUGAUGAACUGUCCUUGGCAUCCAAUCCGGAAUCUCCACAGCCUCUUGAGAUUGAGCCAGUUAGGCGAAGACGGACUCGUAUCCCAGACAAGCCCAACUAUUACCUCAAUCUGUGGAGCAUCAUGAAGAACUGCAUUGGAAAGGAGCUCUCAAAGAUCCCAAUGCCUGUGAAUUUCAACGAGCCCCUCUCAAUGCUGCAACGUCUGUCUGAAGACCUGGAGUACUACGAGCUGCUGGAUAAGGCUGCUAAGUGUCAGAGCUCUUUGGAACAGAUGUGUUAUGUGGCUGCUUUUACAGUCUCUUCCUACUCCACCACUGUCCACCGCACAGGAAAGCCCUUCAAUCCCUUGCUGGGAGAAACUUUUGAGCUUGAUCGGCUGAGAGAGUGCGGCUACCGCUCCCUGUGUGAACAAGUGAGUCACCACCCACCUGCUGCAGCUCACCAUGCUGUCUCUGAGAAGGGCUGGACUCUCAGACAGGAAAUUACACUAGCCAGCAAGUUUAGAGGAAAAUAUCUCUCCAUCAUGCCCCUGGGUUCUAUCCAGUGUAUAUUUGCAAAGAGCAGUAAUCACUACUCUUGGAAAAAAGUGACUACAACAGUACACAACAUUAUUGUGGGGAAAUUAUGGAUUGAUCAGUCAGGGGAGAUAGAUGUGGUGAACCACAGAACAGGAGAUCGCUGCCACCUCAAGUUCACUCCCUACAGUUACUUCUCCAGAGAUGUACCAAGAAAGGUAACAGGAGUAGUAACAGAUAAGGAUGGAAAAGCCCAUUACGUGCUGUCAGGAACCUGGGAUGAGAAGAUGGAGUUUUCUAGGGUAAUACAGAGCAGUAAAGGCGAGAAUGGCACUGAAGGCAAACAGAGGACUGUCUACCAGACCCUCAAAGCCAAAGAAAUCUGGAGAAAGAACCCUUUACCAGAGGGAACUGAGAACAUGUACUACUUCUCCUCACUGGCCUUGACACUCAAUGAACCUGAAGAGGGAGUGGCGCCAACAGACAGCCGAAGACGGCCGGACCAACGAUUAAUGGAGGAAGGCCGUUGGGAUGAGGCUAACACAGAGAAACAGAGGCUAGAAGAAAAACAGCGCACUGUACGAAGAGAAAGGGAAGCUGUAAAAGCAGCCAGCUCACCUGAGGAGGGCACCCAUCAAGACAACUACCAAGCACUGUGGUUUGAGAGGAUUGACGACCCUGUAUCCGAAGAGACAUUGCAUGUCUACAAGGGUGGAUACUGGGAGGCAAAGGAACAAAGCAGUUGGGACAUGUGCCCUGACAUCUUCUGAUCACAGCCAAAUGAGCCUGCUUCCGUCAGUGCUGCACAAAUGAGAAGAUUUAAGAGGUGGUCUACUUUACAUCAGCUAAUGAUGGGAAUCAAGCCUGACAUUUUCAGUGUCCACAGCUUCAUCUGAUCACCACACUUAGCUCUCCUAUUCCAGCAAAUUUGCUAAGGAUCAAAGGAGUCGGGACACUUUGCCAUCAACGUAGACGCAAUGCACAUUUAGCAUUGUAGAAACAUUACAGCCGUUUAGUGUUCAGAAUCCCCUCUCACUGCCUCUCAAAUACUGUUUAUCUGGGUCUUUGUCCGCUGUUUGUUUUAAGUCCUGGGUUCUGUGGUACAGCAUUGAGUUACAUUUGACAACAGGUUAUGCUGGUAAUGUCAUGCAUUUUCUUUGGAAGCACUAUUGACAGAGGCAUAAUUUACCCAGAUGACUUCUUACGAUAUGACAAAGUGAGCUACUAUUAAUGUGUACUUUAUGGGUUUGUUUUGUUGUGCAUUCAUGAUUAGGAUUAUUUGCAGUGAAUGUAUUGCAGCUUCUCCAGCAGAGCACCACUGUAAGUCAAUAAAGUUUUAUGAUACUGAGAACUAUUAAAAAUAUUAGGUAAGUAUUCACUACACCAGUUUCAGACCAAAGGUAUAGACGCAUAAGCUUCAGUGGUUCUGAUAAAAGCGGGAUUUUUUUUUUCUCCCUCAAGGAAGUAAUGACGUUUUAAGAAUUAUCUGGUUUCCUUGGAAUUUUUAGUAGUUUUAGGAAACUACUAAAUUUAGGAAACUGACUACAUCUACUAGACUUUUUUCCUAUUUCAAAAUCAGUGAUUUAUUUCCCCCUACCCCCCACCCUCAUUUGAAAUACAUUGUGAAGAGAUGUUAAAAUAGUUCAUUAGGAUUAUGUCUCUUCUUACUGUAUGUUGGCCUGAUCACAUCUGGUUUGGUUUUCUCCACAGUCCUUAAUUGUGGGUGUUAAAUGGCUGCAUACUUUGUUCCUCAAAAAGGUAUAAGUAGUUUUUUUUCAUUCUUGAAUAACAUUUUCACUUCUACUCUUAACUGAGGAAGAAAAUUCAGAUUUUUGUUUAGUUCAUUAAUCUUAAUUCUUAAUUUUUGUUUCAUAUGAUAACAUUGAAUAUCACAUAAAUGAGACCAACCAAAUUUGUAUCGAUAGCUUACCAAUGAAAAUACUAAGGGCGCUAGUAUGAGGUAAAUAUUUGAACCCUGUCCUUUUGUUGGUUAUUUUAUUUGUCCUUUAACAAUUCAUUUUAAAGGGUGUAGCUGUUGACUGGGUAGGGGUCUGGUCAGAAUAAAUUGCAAAUGUUAUGUAUUUGAUUACUCUGAUCCUUAUGUUGCUUCUUAGGUCACACUUCUAUUUUCAUACCUAAAGCUUGUGCUCUUGCUAAUACUAGGGUCAACCAUUUCACUGCUGCUUUCCACAUGAAUAUUGAGGCUCACCAUUUCAACAGCUGAGAUGACGUUAAGGGCAGCAGAAGCCGUGUGCUUCAGCUUGUCACUAAACGGUGCGCUGAUUUCUGAUGGGCUAAUUAGUGAAGUGAAGGGAAAUAUAAGGCAGUUGUUUUGUCUUCCUGGUAUUCUUCCUUUAAAAGUAUUGAUCAUAGCUUUAAUCUUGAAUUAGGUUAUUCUAGUCUUGUGUGCUGCAAGUGUAGAUUUUUAGCAGACAGCAAUAAGAGUGCCUCGAUGCAUACAUAUGGCACAAAAUGAAAUGUGUGGAAAGUUUGAAGCAAGCAUGUAAAAACUGAAUUCUGUUUUUGUCUUUGUAUGUUUGCUAUGUGAGUGGAAGGACUGUGUGAUUUGUGAAAAUCAAAAUAAUUUUACAUUCAAGUGUACUUAAAAAGGAGAACAGUGAAAAUCAAGGUUACAAAAGAUUAUGUUGCAAAUAUUUCUGUGUAAAUAUAUUAAAUAGUGAAGUAAUUGUGGUAUUUAACUGGCACUUAAAUUUUUUGCCUUUUCGUUUUUGUUUACUCAUAUUUUGGCACUUUCAUUGUUUGGGUUAUGUGAACCAACUUAUUAUGAGUCACCGUUUGCUGCCCAGGAUAGCUUUCUAUUCUAAAUUAAUUUGUCUUUGACCUACACUGUUACUUACUUCAAAUGUUACUUUAUAAAUCACCUAAAUUGACAUGAGUUUGUGUGCGGAUUGUACAUCUUGAUACUACACUAUAGCUUGCGGGUUUCCGUCUGUCCUCUCUUUUUUAACAUACGUAAUCUUGAUUUUUAGCCAUUGCCCUUCAGUGUGUAACCCUGUCAUCUCAUCUGUGUUUGUAACUUUUUUCUUAUAUUUUUACUUGUUUUUCCCCUUUUUUCUCCUCACUGUCGAGAUUGAUAAUAUACCCAGUGCCACAGCUCCCCACAUUUCUUAGACUGAAGGUGUUAUUGCACUUUAGUGAUUUAAUACAGCCUCCUUGAUUUCACAGAUAAACAGUCAACUUUUGAUGUUGGCUUCUGAAGAGUUUGUCAUUUUAUAAGUUUGUUUGAGGAACUUUUCCUAAAACAUGUUCAGUAAUUACAAACAUAUGAAGUAAAAUAUAAGUAUUGACUUACGGUCUGACCGUACUUUUCUCCUUUUUUGUCCUGUAAUGCCGUUUUUUUAGCAGCACUGUAUUAGAGGUUGACAAUA